UGGUAAGCGCAUGCGUGUGUAUUUUUUGAUCUUUUCGUCCUUUGCGGAUAAAUUUGUGAACGGUCCUAGGUGUCUCCUUCGCCGAAGUAUUCCAAUUAGAAGUUGCAUUUGGUAAUUUAAAAAAAUUUUUGUUAGCAAUGGCUGGUGAAGAAAUUCCACCUGGUGAUCCUGAGAAGGGCAAGAAAUUAUUUGUGCAGAAAUGUGCUCAGUGUCACACAGUAGAGAAAGGUGGUAAACACAAGGUUGGACCUAAUCUCAAUGGCCUCAUAGGUCGUAAAACUGGUCAGGCUCCAGGUUUUUCAUAUACAGAAGCCAACAAAAGCAAAGGUAUUACUUGGGGCAAAGACACUUUAUUUAUUUAUCUGGAAAAUCCCAAAAAAUACAUUCCUGGAACUAAGAUGGUGUUUGCUGGCCUUAAAAAGAAGCAAGAACGUGCAGAUAUUAUUGCAUAUUUAGAAGAAGCCACCAAGUGAUGCAGGAGAUUAUAGUGUUUUAAAUUCAAUAAAAAUCAUUUAAUUUAUGUUAAAUCUCAUAAAUCAGUUAUUUGCUGUAUAAAACAGUAGCUUUAUGUAGCAAGCAAAAGACCUAACAUAGAACCCAUUAAGGUCCGUUAUACUCGUGUUUGUACUGUUUACUGUUUUGUAUUUUAAGAAUGGUGUACGAAUAAACAUGAGUAUAAUUUA